AUGGAUGGUGAAUCUCCCAAGGCUAUUAUCACAGACCAAGAUAGAGUCAUGAAAAAUGCAAUAAGUCUCGUUUUUCCAAAUAGCCUGCACAGAUUUUGUUUAUGGCACAUAUUGAAAAAAAUCCCUGAGAAGUUAGGUUCACAUGGUGCAUACAAGACCGGGUUGAAGAGUCAGUUGCUAAAUUGUGUAUAUGACUCUCACACAAUAGAGGAGUUUGAGGUGUCUUGGGAGGUGUUCAUUAUGGAGUAUAACUUGCAGGAAAAUGCUUGGUUGAAGAGUUUAUACGAUGAAUAUACGUAUUGGGCACCAGUGUUCAUGAAAAAAUUUGAUAAUGCCUUGAGGAAGAAGAUUGAGAAUGAAAGUGCUGCAGACUUCCACUCAUUCAACGUCACAAUUCCCCUCGUCUCUCCCUCUCCACUUGAGAAGAUUUUUCAAGACAUUUACACUUGCAAUAAAUUCAGAGAAGUUCAAAAAGAAGUGAUAGGGAUGCUUGCAACUCUUCCAACUCUUCACCGGAAGGAUGGUGUAAUUGCAACUUACCAUGUAGAAGAUGAAGUGAAUGUCGAUGGUUUCAUUAAGGAUGUGACCCACACAGUCUACAUUAAUGAGGCCGAAUGCGAAGUGAAGUGUUCAUGUGCCUUAUAUGAGAUGAGAGGGAUUUUGUGUAGACAUGUCUUGGGCAUUAUGAGAGUUAACAAAGUCUGUUCGAUUCCAAAUAAGUACAUACUAGAUCGAUGGAGGAAAGACAGAAAACGAACUUACACCCUUAUACAAAGUAGUUAUGACGUGGUUGAUCAGAGGCCUGAAGUUCUGAGAUAUUCACGCAUCAUCAAGAAAUGCUACGAAGUAGCUACAAAUGCAGCAUCAUGUGAUGACCAUACUGAGGAUAUGCUACGUAAGCUAGAAGAAAUGAACUUAAGCUACCACAGCAACAAGCCACCGUCGAAGGUUGUAAGUUCUACACUCGAUACAACGACUGAAGCGAGUUCGAAGAAAGUACUGAAUCCCCAUGUGGUGAGGGGAAAAAGCAGACUGCCGUCUCUUAGGAAAAAAUCAAUGAUUGAGCGGGUGAAACCCAUGACGAAGAAGGGUAGUCAGAAAGGAAAACGUGAACAGCCGCCUCACAACACUACCGAAGUGUUGGACUUUAAUGCCACCGAGUAUGGAUUGGUCGUGAAUAAGACUCAAGAAAGUAUGCAAUUUGGGGUAGAUGGAACCCAGCCGGAUAGCUUGCGUGAGACACACCCGUGGGAAUAA